UCAAUCUUAACCCGUGAGUGGUUGAAAAUCAUUUGUGCAGUCAAAAGUGAGAGCUCCAGGCUGGAAUGGAAAGGGCAUGUUAAGGAAAAGGUUUCGGUUUCUCUGUGAAGCAAGACUGACUGAUAGCCCAUCUAUUUCCUGACGGUAAAAAUUGCGCUGGGGUGAAGACUGUGUGAUUGAAUCAGCCCCUACACAGCAGAGCUGAAACGAAUAGUCUCUUUCUUUGGGCGCCUGAUUUUGACAAAAGGGAAAAGUGUGAUGAUAUUAGAAAGUGGACGUAAACGUGGGGAAAAAAAUAGAAUGAGAUUAUCAGGGUAUGAUCAGUGUUGAAGGUAAAACCAAUUGCAUCCACAACCAAGCAGGAUGGUGGUGGACAUCCAGGUCCGAAGCAGCCUGAGUGAAGAUGGAAACGGGUUUUUCCUCACUGUUGUACUUUAGUAGAGGCGCCAGCUACUGAAGGGGAAGUAACUUGGAGGGGUUGUUGGAAUUACUAGUGAGAACGGUGCUUUCUUGACACCAAUUAUGAUAGGCAAUACCCUGUCAGCUCUUGGACGUAUGCAGAUGAGGAGAGCGUCGACCUGGGCCCUGGAAAAAUCAGUCUCUUCUGCUUGCUUCUGCUUGUAGUACUAUUUUACAAUUUCACUAGUAAAGUGGAUGAGGAAAUCAGGCAAGUGCUCCUGACGCUUUGGGAAUGGCAUUGAGUUGUGGUGAGGAAAUGGAGAAAGUGCACCUGACGCUUUGGGAAUGAUGUUGAGCUGGCCAGUGUGUCUCAGCACAUUACAGGAUAACUCCUAACUAGAGCCAUAGCCGCUGAAAAUCGUGGUCCAGUGCACCUGACUGAGACCCGGAUGCAGAGUCUACAGCCUGAUCCAGCUGCCCGCUAUCGAAACGUGUUGGAGGCCCUCUGGAGAAUUAUAAGAACAGAGGGCCUGUGGAGGCCCAUGCGGGGGCUGAAUGUCACAGCAACAGGCGCGGGGCCUGCCCACGCCCUCUAUUUUGCCUGCUACGAAAAGUUAAAAAAGACAUUGAGUGAUAUAAUCCAUCCAGGGGGCAAUAGCCAUAUUGCCAACGGUGCAGCCGGAUGCGUGGCAACAUUACUUCAUGAUGCAGCCAUGAAUCCAGCGGAAGUGGUCAAGCAGAGGAUGCAGAUGUAUAACUCGCCGUACCACCGGGUCACAGACUGUGUACGGGCAGUGUGGCAGAAUGAAGGGGCCGGGGCCUUUUACCGCAGCUACACCACCCAGCUGACCAUGAAUGUCCCCUUCCAAGCCAUUCACUUCAUGACCUAUGAGUUCCUGCAAGAGCACUUUAACCCCCAGAGACGGUACAACCCCAGCUCCCACGUGCUCUCCGGAGCCUGUGCAGGAGCCGUAGCUGCCGCUGCUACAACCCCACUGGACGUCUGCAAAACACUGCUCAACACCCAGGAAUCCCUGGCUUUGAACUCAAACAUUACAGGACACAUCACAGGCAUGGCUAGUGCCUUCAGGACGGUUUAUCAAGUAGGCGGGGUGACUGCCUACUUCCGAGGGGUGCAGGCCAGAGUAAUUUACCAGAUCCCCUCCACGGCCAUCGCGUGGUCUGUGUAUGAAUUCUUCAAAUACCUAAUCACAAAGCGACAGGAAGAGUGGAGGGCAGCCAAGUGAGGAAGGACACUGAGUGGGCCAGGGCCGACAGCACCGCUGCAUCCUGCCCCUCCAGCACCUUCUCUGUCUCACGGCACCAUCCAGUCAUGAGUGGAGUUGGACGAGAGGGAGAGAGCUCGCUCCAGGCUCUAGUUGGCUAACACUAGUUCUUGCCAACAUCUGUUGCCUCCACCAUCUGUCCCCCUGGGCCCUCAGCAGGUUCGGCAAAGCCCACCGCAGUACCUCUGGUGACCUACAUCCUGAACCUGGGACCUGCUCCAGACCGUUGCAGAGGGAUAAGCAGCACAUUCCCCUGGCUCCUAAUUAAAAAGAAAAAAGUCUUUAAA